AUGGAUUCAAAUAGUGAGUUUAUUGAAUUGACGACUACGAGAAAGAAUCUCGACUUGAUAUCUGAUAUCAAGUUCUCCAAAAACAAUCAGUAUCAAUUAUUGAUAGGUACUUGGGGUAAUACUUUGCUCUUAUACGACUGCCAUUCAUUUAUCAACUAUCCUCAUGAACCGUUACCCAGAGAGCCUAUAUGCGAAUUGAGCGUUGCUGAUACCCCAUUGAGUAUAUUAUAUCCCGCCAAUAACAAUACCAAUAGCCAAGCACCGCCAAUUGUGGGAUUGUUAGAUGGCUCAGUAAGACAAGUUGAUUUUGAAAAUGUAAGACUUGGCAAAAAUAUGGGCGACACAUUUGAAGGCGAAGAUGUACGAAAUGGAAUCAAUCAUUUAUGUCAAGGGGCAAACAAUUCCGUUGUAGCCAGCUCAUUCAGAGGGUAUUUACAGCUCUUGGAUCAACGAUUGCAAAAACCAUUGAGCAGUUGGAGAAAUGGAAGGAAGGUUUUGGCAAUGGAGUCAACGGAUAAGUAUUUGAUUCUUGGGUUAGCGGGAAAUGUGGUGGAAAUUUAUGACUUGAAUAAACUAGAGACAUCAUCAACUCCAACUCCAUUGGAAACCAGAGAAGUUGGAUUAAAAUAUCAAGUGACCGAUAUUAAAGCAUCGCCUAAUCAAGAUGUGCUUGCAAUCUCAUCUAUAGAUGGUAGAGUGUCCGUCGAGUACCUAGACUCGCCACCCGAAGUACAGCAGGAGAAAAACUUUGUAUUCAAGAGUCACCGACAUUUCGAUAAAGAAUCAGGAACCGAUUUAGUCUACCCCAUAAAUUCCUUAGCAUUUAGGAAAAACGUUAGUCGGAACAAUUAUCUAUUCACUUCUGGCUCGGAUGGCUAUGUUUGUUUAUGGGAUAUUAACAAAAGGAAGCGUUUGAGACAAUAUCCUAAAUUUGAAACAUACGAGAUUGAUGGUUUACCACUGGAAGAAAGAACCACUGAAAGUAUAGCAAAAAUGGACGUUAGUUACACUGAUGAUUUAAUAGCAGUGGCUACGAGUGAUGAUAAUUACAAGCGAAGGCGGCGUUUAUCUGAAAGUGAAAACUCCAGACUACCCAGCCGCGUCUACAUGAGACACUUGAAAGACUAG